AUGGGGUAUUAUGGGUAAGGAGGAAAGGGCGAAUGCCUUGCCGAGACCCGGGUACCGCGCUCGCGACGGUUGAGUUGUGCUUGAGGUAGGGAACGAUGGCUCGGGAACUCGAAUUAUGGGACUGCACAUGGACACCAAGACGAACCAGAAGGGGAGUAGAGAUGUCAAUACCGCCGAGCAAUGAAUGGAAAGGGACCACAUGUGAUUGGCGGGGAUAUGAGAUUGUGCCGGAACUAUCGUACCUUUGGGUAGAGCGUAUCUGGAAUCCGUUGAGGGAAGAGGAAGGAUGGGAAGAGAUUGCGGAAGGAAGGGUGGAAUCAAUUGGGACUAUCGUUCUCUCGGAACGGGGUUGGCACCUGUUCUGCACAGCGCUCGCGGCAGGACAGAACCCGAUGUGGCUUUUAGGGGACGCGGAGGCAAGGACUCGGCAGGCGGGGGAAAGCUUUGCUAACAAAGGAUGGGAUACGGUCAGCUGUAGAGUCGUGAUGGGAGGAUGGAAGGAAUUUAAACCGCCCGGUGCCCGAAUCAAGACCUGGGUACCCGAGUUCGUGGCGGACUGGUUUGGGGGUUUUGAUCAUGUAACAGAGGUAGCCGACACGAUGGAGCGAAUACACGUGAAUUCCACAUGGCUGGCAGGGGAAUUUUAUAAGACGUCCUUGACUAGGGAGGUCAUAAUCUGCCGUGAGGUAGCAGCAACACCUUAUUAUGUGGAUGAUGUGUUCAAACUGUUCGAGGGGGCUUCUAAAUCGGAAAUGGCGAUGAGACGCGCCCGGAUGCCGCAACGACCCAUGCACCCGCGGCCACCCACGAAAAACGGAGAUGUGAUGGUGGAAUGUUUGUGGGAUGGUAUGAGAAUUAACACGGGACCGGGGGACGAUCUGUACACCGAUCUUAGGGUGACGGGGACCGUAUACCUGCCAGAGCUCGGGUGGCACAUGUUAGGGAUGGAGUUGGCACUAGGGCAUGGGUUGUUGCCAAUCUUCCAGAGGGCUACUAGAGUACUAAAUCGGGUAGGCCAGGAGGUGGGAGGAAGAAGGAAUGUGGGGUUAAGGACUCGGGUGGAGAUAGGAGGUUGGCGAGAGUUUAAGGCCCCAAUGACCGGGCUGAGGUGUCGAGUGCCUCGCUUCAUGGUAGACUUGGUAUUCGGCAGUCUCAGGAGGGCAAGGGAUUUGGUGGACUCGACCCUGGUCUGGAUCCACCUCUUCCGGCCGCAAACAACAGGCAUGUUCUACGACGUGUCGGUCAGACAUGGGCCGUUCUGGGGAAACCAGGCUUGGGAACUAAUUGAAUUACUCGAGAUCUUGAUAUUCGGAUUGCCCCACCUGUCGUUUGAAGAAUAUGAGCCAAUAAUUAUCAGGGAGAUAGAAAUGGGGGAAAAUUACCUUGUUGGGUUGGCUGACCUGUUCGAGGAACCGGAUGAGCAGGGUAGGCCUGAGGGACCAGCAGAUAAAGAAGCGGACCGCGAGGCAAGACUUAUCGAGCAGAUGAUGGCUGGGGAUGAGGAGGACCUCCAGGACGCAGGGUCACGUGAGGGACGCAGGGCCGGUCAGGAUGAGGCUAGGUAUGUGGUGAAGGAUGAUAGUCACAAAGGGACGCCUAGCAAAAAGGGGAAGGACAAGAGCGACCCCCCGACGGAAGGAACGGAAAACGCUAUGACCCCACCCGCCAUUGACAGCGGCACUAGCAGACUACCCGCCUCGCCAAAAGUAACAGGGGCGUGUGACGGACUCUUGAGCCUUAGGGAGAGAGUGCUAGGAUGGUUUGACCCAGAAGGAACACCGGAAACCAGGGAGAAGCAGAAGGAAAGCAAGGAAGGGGAAGGAGCCGAUGCAGCCCGGGAAGCGGGUGGCUCCGAAGACGGUCUCAAGAAAGUAGUCGCCACCCUCAGCAGGACACUGAACAAGAACCAGGGGUAUCUCGCAGAUGCAAAAAAGAAACUCACGUUCGACGGGGCCAACAUUACGGAGUUUCUAAUAGACUAUGAGAACCUAGCAGCCUUACUGAAAUGGACGGAAGAGGAAAAGAUGGAGCACCUAGGACAACACAUAUCGCUAAGUUUGGGAAGGGACAUUAUGACCAUCAUCGCCUCCAGUGGAUCCUGGAAAGAGACCAGGAAUGAGAUGAUGAGAAAAUACCUGAAGGCAAAAAAAAUGGCAAUCGAGGCAGAAUUAGCCGCAGUCCAGAGGAAAAACUAUGCGACCUACAACAAUUUCCUGAGGGCGUUCACGUUAGUGGCUCUGCGAAUUCCCGGGGUAACGGACCGCAUAAUGAAAGUAACCAUACUGGGAUUUCGUUGCGGAGCUUAUGGGAGGAGACCCCACCCAGUGAAGACUGAUAAGAUCUCUCAGUGGCCGACACCCCUGCGUACCACGACGGAAGUACGAGCCUUCCUAGGGGUGGUUGGGUUCUGGAGGAUCUUCAUCAAAGGUUUCGCAAAGAUAGCAGAACCCAUCCGCGCGAUGAUUAGGGAAGGUGGCACUAUGGAUUGGACAGAGUACAAGGAAGAGGCAGCCCAGACCCUGAAAGACAUCCUGUCAUCCGAUCAGGUCACGUUAGCAGCACCCUGUUUCAAUGACGAGGUAGGACGGCCCUUCAUCCUAAAAACAGACGGGGGACCAUUGGCAGUGGGAGAAGUAUUGAUACAGAGAAGCGAGGAGGGCAAAGAAAGACCAAUCAGAUUUGAAAGUAGGACCCUGAAUUUAGCAGAACGACGGUAUUCGCAGUUCAAGAAGGAGGUUUUAGCAAUCCUGCAUUGUCUUAAGACCUUCCAGGCAUACUUGUUCGGGAGGCGAUUUAUCCUAAGGAUCGAUCCCACCAACGUUGUCGGAGCCCCAAAGAACUACAAGCCCAUAGACCCGACCGUUGGCAGAUGGAUAAGCUUCAUAUGGCAAUUUGACUAUAAGGUCGAACGAAGUGCAGGGCUUCGAAAUAGGGCAGAUGGGCUGAGCAGGGUUUGCAUCACGCCAGAAGGAGUAGAGGACGCAGAACCAAUUGACGCCUUCCUGGAGUACGAAGGAGGGACCCUUGUCGUGGAUAAUGAGAUGGCAGAUCCGGCAAUUACAACAGGACAGUUACUGAUUCAGACCUUGGAAAAGGGCGCACCUGCAGUAGUUGCAAAACUCAGGGAAGGACCAGUCACCACGGUUAGGCGUAAAGAGGAAAAAGACUCGUGGGGAGCAGAAGUAGGGGCCAGAGAGGAACUGAUGGCAAUGACCGUGGAGGGGGGACGGGACGCCGUGAUGACGUUGGCCGAAGCCUGGGCGCAGAAGGAGUGUCAGUAUCUAGUCAACCUCACUCGGGAGGAGCAGGGUACAGAUCGGAAGGAACAUGAGUUCUUCCUCAUACAGAUGUACGAGGGCGUCUUGAAAGAAAUUGGUCUGCUACUUGUAGGGAACAAACAACCCACGGAAGUCAGUCCUAAGGCAAGGGAGGAAGUCGAAAAGUAUGUCCUAAGAAAUGACCACCUGUUCAAGAAAGAGGAAGGGAUGAUACCUAGACGUGUCGUUUGUGGGAGGUCUAGGCAGCUGGACGUAAUCCAUGCAAUGCAUGACGGGCUAGCUGGAGGUCACCGGUCGUCCAAGGGAACACUUGCAAAGAUCGUGCCCCUGUACUUUUGGCCAUGGAUGGCAGGCAUGGUCGCAACAUACAUCUUGGAUGCAAGGGAUAAUCUCAAUGGCUAUGUGGAAGCCAUAGCCCUCAAGAAGAAGACGGGGAAAGCGAUGGCCGACUGGGUGGAAGACUUCUACCUAAGACACCCCUUCGUGCGCAGGUUUAUAGCAGACAAUGGGACAAAAUUCGUUAACCAGGAAGUGUUGAACAGGCUUAAGACACUGUGUGUAGCGAUCAAGAUCACCGAGCCCUACCAUCCUGAGGCAAAUGCACCAGUAGAAAGGGGUCACUGGACUUUGAAGAAUACAAUCGCAAAGUUGGCUGCAGAUAAUUUGGGAAGUUGGUCACGGUUUCUCAAGCAGGCAGUCUUCGCCGAGAACAUGACUCCAAAAAGAACAACGGGAUGUAUUCCAGCAGAACUCUGGUAUGGAAGGGAGAUCGAUUUUCCGAUAGAAGCUUUGGUCCCUACCUGGAACAGGCUAGAUAACAAUCCACACUUAAGCACGGAAGAGUUCAUCACCGCACGUUGUCAGCAGGUCGCCAGGAAUGAGGAGGCACUUGAGGAAGUAGUCAAUCGCGUGACGGACAACCGAAUGAGGGAUAAAGCAAGGUGGAAUCAGGUCAAGAACAUUCGGAAAGAGCCACUUCAGCUCGGGGAAAAUGCCGGAAGAGGGACAGUCCUCAAGACAAGCCGGAGAGUCGAGCUCCAGGAAAAGGAAGUUGUAUGUGGGGUUCGAUCACAACCUAGUUGUGAACAGGGGGGCAGGAAGCAAGGAACCAGGGGGCCAUCGCCACUAAAGGAAGGGGAGCCAAUAGAAUUGUCAUCAGACAAUGACCUUAGCAGCAAGGAAGAGGGGAACCCGGAAAAAAGGCGAAGGCUAGAAGAGGGGAAUCUAGAGGAGGGGCAACGACCGGGAGAGAAUGAGUCAGUUGAGUUCAUCGACCUCACCAGCGACGAGGAGGAUGAUGAAGUGACAACGCCUACUAGGGAAGAACGGGGGAGAGGGGAGCAACCGAGUGAGAAAAAGGAUAAAUGGAUAAAAGAGUUCGGAUAUGAGUUCAACAAUUGGUUUGAUCAAUGCGGCACCAUCUUGCGAUACCAAUGGAUUAUGAAGGCAAGGGAAAAGUUGGGCAGGGGAGAGGAUUUAUCCCCAACAACGUUCUUCACAGAACAGACGCUCCUCCAAUUCCAAGCAACAAAGAGGCAAAUGGAGCAGGAAGGAGAGAAUCGCGCAAGGAGGGAGGCUCAACGUAGGCCACCUGGACAAUAGAGGCACAACAGUCUCUAUCUUUGUGGAAGGGUUUGGUUCCGGGGCAGUCAGAGCUGCCAUUUUGGAUUUCGCAUUGAAACUC